AGCACUGCCGGGUGCUAAGCGCACUCACACCCAGUUAGAAGUGCAGUCCUUUGUCUUUUCAAGAGACUGCACAUGUGCACAUGCAGUAGCAGUGAUGCUGAGCAAUUUGCCGUAAAGAUUACGGGAGUUUUAUCCUUCAUCAAGUAGCCUACAAGAAAUUAAUUGAUCGAUUGUUUCUGAGACACGUUUGGUGUUUCGUCCCAAUAUGGAUUCCUCAUUGGAGUUUUCCAACUCAGUUAGCAGUGUCUGUUCUAUUCCAGCGCGAUGUCGGAUCUUUAAAAUCAUCGUGAUAGGUGACUCUAAUGUUGGAAAGACUUGCCUUACCCACCGUUGGUGCGCCGGAGAGUUCCCGGAUAGAACGGAGGCAACGAUAGGAGUUGAUUUCCGUGAGCGAGUUAUCGAUAUUGAAGGCAAGAAAAUCAAGCUGCAGCUAUGGGAUACGGCAGGCCAGGAGCGCUUCCGAAAAUCCAUGGUGCAUCACUACUACCGCAACGUGCAUGCUGUGCUCUUCGUCUAUGAUGUCACGAGCCCCACCUCCUUCCAUGGGCUACCUGCCUGGAUUGAGGAGUGCCGCCAGAAUUCCCUCGGACAGGAAAUCCCAUGGUUCCUCGUGGGCAACAAGAUCGACCUCCGUGACCAGCGUGGCGACCGGGCCGAGCAGCAGGUGAGCAGGGAGCGUGCGGCCAAGUUCGCAGAGGCCCACGGCAUGACGCUGUUCGAGACCUCGGCUAAGAGCCCUGACCAGGGGGAGAAGGGCAUGGGCGGACGAGGAGGACGAGGAGGUGGGGUUAGAACCCAGAACCAGGAGAGCGUGGAGGCUGUGUUCCUAGCUGUGGGGGCCAGGCUGAGCCGACAGAGGAGGGUGCCAGAGCAGAGCACGGUUGGAGGGCACACAAGCUCUUUCAAAAUCCCGGCUAAAAAGAGAUCGGAGAAGAACAUGUGGUCGUGCACCUGCUGAGACUGAACAGCGUUUUCCUGCCUAGGGACAGCCUCUGUGAUGGGCAGGUGGUAUGAUUAGCAGGUAGUGAGUAUAUGAAAUUCAGCUAUUUUAGUCUGAAAGAUUGGAGUAAUGUUGAGUGAGUUUGGACCUGCAGGGUUGAAGGUGGAUCCUUUUUGGAUUGUGCGUGGUCGUGCUUGGUUAUGCACAGUUGGUAACAUUAACUUUAUUCCCGUCUACAGUACUCUCUUUCUAAGCAAACUAGGUUUGAUGUACUGGUUUUAAGACUGUCUUAAAUUGUAUGCAAGCAAUAAUCAAUGUUAAAUAAUUUUGCCAAAAAAUUAGCACUGGAACAAAUCGAUUCUUUGUGGAUGCACUAGAAAACAACGUGAUGCAGUCAUGUUAUGGUCUUGUGCAUAAGUGUGGGUGGAGAGACUGUCAUGUGUGUGUGUGUGUGUGUGUGUGUCAAAGACAAUGAGUGAUCGCUUGCUUGAGCCUCUAGAAAAAGUAUCAAGUCACAUGGUGUGCACAAACCACUCUAAAACAACCCUUGCAACACACGUGCACCAACAGACAGAGAAAAAGUGUGUGUGCGCACAGUAUGUGUUAUGUUAGUGCAACAUUCACCAUGUCGCUGCCUAGAAGAAGGCUCUCCUAAUUCCUUUUUUUCAUCAGCAGACUUCCUUAUCUGAACCUCUAGGUCUUCAUUCUUUUUUGCAAGGAAGAAUUUUUAAAGUUUGUCUUUUGAAGUUUAAAAGCCAAAAUGGAAACUGUAGGACAUCUGCUUCUGCCUCUCAGAUUGUCUGAAAAACUUUCCUCAGGUUAUGCUGUGACCUCACAAAUUCAGGGAUUUUUUAUAAUGGAAAUUGUAGGGGAAUUUUGGAAUGCUGUUAUUUGCAUGUACAUUAGAUGGGUGUUUUUUCCAGAAUGUGCCACAAGCGCUGAUGUAACCUUUUUAAAUACAUUUUCAAAAUAAAAGUUCAAUGUCAAAUUAAAU